UCAGGAAGAGAACGCGAACGCUAGACUCGUAUAUAAGCAGCGAGAGGAUUAACAUUUGUAUUAUUUGUGUGUGAUAGUUAUUGAGGCAACUCGUGUGGACAUGGCUAAGUUUUUGAUUGUUACGUUAGCCUUAGUGGCUAUUGCGACGGCGUAUCCAGGAUACGGAGCGGGCGGUAGCUCUGGAGGAUAUGGCGGUAGCCAUGGGGGCGGAUUCGGUGACCAUGGCAGUGGAGGCUUCGGGGGUGGCCAUGGAGGCGGCCACGGCGGCGGCCAAGGCGGCGGUCACGGAGCUAUUAUCGGAGGGGGCCACGGCGCCGGUGUCGGUGGAGGCCACAACAGCGGUAUAGGUGGAGGCCACGGCAGUGCUAUUGGAGGCGGUCACAGCGGCGGAUUUGGCAGUGGUCACGAUAGCGGAUUCGGCGGUGGUCACAAUGGUGGAUACGGCGGUGGUCAUGAUGGUGGAUUCAGCGGUGGUCACGAUGGCGGAUUCAGCGGUGGCCACGAAGGCGGAUUCGGCGGUGGUCACGAAGGCGGAUUCGGCGGUGGUCAUGAUGGUGGAUUCAGCGGUGGUCACGAUGGCGGAUUUGGCGGUGGUCACGAUGGUGGAUUCGGCGGUGGUCAUGGUGGUAGUUUCGGGCAUGGUGGUAACCACGGUGGUUUUGGAGACGACCAUGGCUUCGGUGGAGGACAUGGUGGACACGGCGGCUUGGGUCACGGUCAUGGCAAAUACUAAGAAACUUUGUAAAUUAUUUAAAAUAAAAUAUUUGUGAUAUGUAAAUAUAUUUAAAAAAUAAUACAUGAGCG